AUGCUCAAAUACGUGACAGUCGUUUGUGUACUGGCAGCUCUAUGCGCAGGAGCACCGCAAAAUCCACAGGAUGUACAGAUCCUGCGGUUCGACAGCGACGUGCAACCGGACGGAUACAGCUUCGCAUAUGAGACUAGUGAUGGUACAUCAAGACAAGAGCAGGGCAAACUCGAUAACCCACAGUCAGAAAACGCUGCCCUCACUGUGACUGGCCAGUACUCGUACGUUGCUCCAGAUGGCAAGCACUACUCUGUCCAAUUCACCGCUGGCCCUGAAGGUUUCCAACCUAAAACCUCACUGGGACAAAAG